CUCUCUGCUUGUAGUAAUUCAGUCACUGAGCACUCGGCUCGACUUUUUGGUGUCACGGUGCCACUGGGAAGGAACUGCCGCGCGUCAGGGACACGACCAGCCGCCGUCCAUCCCCUCGGUUCACAGCGACUAGCCGCCGCGGGCGAUGACACUGGCGCACUGAUCCGGGAAUACACAACGAAGACGCAAAAAUGACGGUGGAUUUUGAAGAAUGCAUCAAGGAUUCGCCCCGGUUCAGGGCCGGCAUUGAUGAUGUGGAGACGGACGUGGUGGAGAUCGAGGCAAAGCUGGACAAGCUGGUGAAGUUAUGCAGCGGUAUGAUCGAGGCCGGCAGGGCCUACGUCAGCGCCAACAAGCUUUUUGUGAACGGCAUCAAGGACCUGUCCCAGCAAUGCAAGAAAGAAGAGAUGGUCUCGGACUGCCUUGAAAAGUGUGGCGAAAGCCUCCAGGAGAUCGUCAACUACCAUAUGAUUUUAUUCGACCAAGCUCAGCGGUCAAUCAAGCAGCAGCUUCACGCUUUCAUUAAAGAUGACGUGCGCAAGUUCAAGGAUACCAAGAAGCAGUUUGAUCGCGUUCGAGAGGACAUGGAGCUGGCUCAGGUGAAGAACGCCCAAGCCCCCAGGAACAAGGUCCAUGAAGCGGAGGAGGCCACGCAAGCUCUCGUCCUCAGCCGUAAAGCCUUCAGGCACCUCGCCCUGGACUACGUACUCCAGAUUAAUGUGCUUCAGGCCAGGAAGAAGUUUGAAAUCCUGGAUGCGAUGCUGUCCUUCAUGCGUGCCCAGUAUACUCUUUUCCAACAAGGCUUCAACAUUCUGGAUGAGAUAGACCCCUACAUGAAAAGGCUGGCUGCCCAGCUGGAUCAGCUCGUCAUCGACUCAGCGGUGGAGAAGAGGGAGUUGGAGCAUAAACAUGCGCUCAUCCAGCAAAGGACUCUGAUGCAGGACUUUUCCUACGAUGACACCAAAUUGGAGUUCAAUGUGGAUGCCCCCAAUGGUGUCGUCAUGGAGGGCUACCUCUUCAAGAGAGCCAGCAAUGCUUUUAAGACCUGGAACAGGCGAUGGUUUUCCAUACAGAACAGCCAGCUGGUCUACCAAAAGAAACUUAAGGACUCGUUGACGGUGGUAGUGGAGGACCUGAGGCUGUGCUCCGUCAAACCGUGUGAAGAUAACGAGAGGAGGUUCUGUUUCGAGGUGGUUUCACCCACCAAAAGCUGCAUGCUACAGGCUGAGUCGGAAAAACUGAGGCAGGCUUGGAUCCAAGCGGUUCAAGCAAGCAUUGCCUCAGCUUAUAAAGACAUCGCUGACAACUACUACAUUGAGCGCCUGGAUCGCACAGCCUCACCUUCCACUAGCAGCAUCGACUCAGCCAGCGAGCCCAGGGACAGGGGGGAGAGGGCGGAUAAGGCAGUUCGGGGAGGUGGUGAAGGCCUCCUCCAGAGGGUGCAGAACUUGCCGGGCAAUGAAUUGUGCUGUGACUGCGGCCAGAGUGCUCCCUGCUGGGCCUCCAUCAACCUCGGAGUGCUGCUGUGCAUCGAGUGCUCCGGGAUCCACAGGAGUCUCGGCGUCCAUUGCUCUAAAGUACGAUCACUGACUCUUGACUCAUGGGAGCCAGAACUACUCAAGCUGAUGUGUGAACUAGGCAACACUGUGAUCAAUCAAAUUUAUGAGGGAGCCUGUGAAGAACUCGGGGUAAAAAAGCCCGCACCAUCCAGUACAAGACAGGAGAAAGAAGCCUGGAUUAAGUCCAAAUAUGUGGAGAAACGCUUCCUAAAGAAGAUGAGCGGGAGCGAGGCGUUGGUGGAAGGUGAAAGGAAGUCCCGACCGUGGACGGUGAAGAAGUGCCAGCGACACAACAGCUCGGUCCGGGCACCUAAAAAAGUCCGCAGGAAAUAUCACCGCUACGAGCCCGGCAGUGCCUCACCUGCCAAUCUCUCAGCAGCAGCGGCAGCCAAGUUUCGCCGGGAUUCCCUGUUCUGUCCGGAUGAGCUGGACUCCCUCUUCUCCUACUUUGACACGGGCUCAGGUCCUCGCAGCCCCGCAGGCCUGAGUAGCGACAGCGGCCUGGGAGGAAGCACUGACGGCAGCACCGACAUCCUGGUGUUUGGUUCUGUGGUGGACAGCGUCACCGAAGAAGACGAGGAAUCAGAAGAGUCCUCCAGUGGCGAGGUCGAAAUUGAACAGGAAGUACCAUCAGACCCUGAGGAUGCCAGGGAGAUCCAUCCCGGCGCGCUGCUCCACCGCUCGUCCCGUCUGCACAAUUUGCCCCUCAUGGCGGAGGCGCUGGCUCACGGCGCCGACGUUCACGCUCCAAGUGAGGAGGAGGAUGGGAAAACGCCACUCAUACAGGCCGUAAUGGGGGGCUCUCUGAUAGCUUGUGAGUUCCUGCUUCAGAAUGGAGCUGAUGUCAACCAGAGGGACAUGAGGGGGAGAGGCCCAUUGCAUCACGCCACCUACCUGGGACACACUGGCCAGGUGUGUCUGUUUCUGAAGAGAGGUGCGUCGCAGACAGAGGUGGACGAGCAGGGCUACGACCCGCUCAGCAUCGCUGUGCAGGCCGCCAAUGCAGACAUCGUCACCCUCCUGCGUUUGGCACGGAUGAAUGAGGAGAUGCGAGAGGCAGAAGCCCCCCUGGGACAACCAGGGGUUGCCAAGGGCAGCAGAAGGGUUAAAUCCUUACCACGGGAUAGAGUGACAUCUCCCGUGGUGAAGUCUUUCGCGAGUUUUCUCUUCUCGCAUCUCUCCAGCCCGAGAAGCUGAGGAGGAGAAGUCUCCAGUUCAGCCGCUGCGAGAAACCUUAAGGGAACUUUUCACCGCCUCAUCAUCAUCUUACAGUUUGGAAGCCAGCGCUUAGUAUAUACUCAAGAUGGAUGUAGGUCAAAACGUGACUUCUGUGCAUUUAUCCAAAUGGCUGACCUAUUUCUAUUCAGAUGUUUGGAUAUCAGAAGGAUCGUUAAAGGCAAACAUGGGAAACAAUAGGACUAUUGCAGCUUUCAUAUUAAAAUGUCAGUCAAACUUUUCCAAGGAAGUCAAAUAUUUGUUGCCAUAAUAAAUGACCAUUCAAUGAAACACCA